AUGUCUAAUUUUAGUAGUUUUACUUUAUUUUAUUAUAUUUGCUGUACUUUUAUACUUUGUGCAGUAAUUCAGGGAAUCGAUAGUGGCGACAGUAAGAAAGUGAAAAAGAAUGAAGAACGCAAACCAUUAUCUUCAAUUUGUAACACCACUUGUUCCAAAGAUAUAAACACCACAAAGACAGGAAACUUCUGUCGCAGUGUCUCCACCACAAAGCUAUAUGGUCGAUGCUGUUACAAUACCACAGAUACAACAAUUUUAGGAAUUGACUUGGAGAACUGCAAUAUGACCAGAGAGAAAUUUUCCGCUGGAAUUAAGAACAUUAAUAAUCUGCGUUACAUAUCAUUACAGGGAAAUGAUCACCUCAAGCAAGUAAAAGGUGAAGAUUUUCACAGAAACACAAAUAUUGAAUACUUGUCUUUACCAUUAGGCAUGGCCUGUCCAGGCAACUUGGACUUCUGGAACAGCAACACUACAGAUAAAGAUGCCACCAUUUGCCAAGGAGAACUAGAUCCUUGUCUUGUCCACAAUGUGACCUGUCCAGAAAACUCACACUGUGUGCAUUCAGGUGUGGGCCUUACAGAAUGUUUGUGUAACGUUGGUUACCAUGGAUACAAAUGCAUGAACCAGGGCACAUUUCCAACAAUACCUUUUGUACUGGGCAUUGCCAUUCCGACUGUUGUGAUAUGUGCACUAUUAUGGGUAACACAGAGGCGAUAUGUCAGACCUUCAAACAAAAAUAAGUAA